GAAGAGUUUGCGGGUUUGAGCAAAUCGUAUGCGAGCAGGACCUGGAAGUCUUAUCGUGAAGAAGAGAGAAACAGACCGAAAUCAAAUCAUGACCUUAGUUGAUGAUAAAUUCGUCAUAUAUUAACAACACCACCAUGUCUCCUCUUCUUCUCCUUCUCUUGAUCUCUCACUCGACGACGACGACAACAGUAGUAGUAAAUACGUUACUGAAUCGGUUGACUCGGUUUCUCCGCCUGUAGUUUCGCGCGAUUCUAUCUCCGUGUUUUUACUCGGGUUUGAAGGAUUCAGCGAUGGAACCGAUGGAUAUAGUUGGUAAAUCGAAAGAGGAUGCUUCGCUUCCUAAAGCAACUAUGACCAAAAUUAUUAAAGAGAUGUUGCCCCCAGAUGUUCGUGUUGCCAGAGAUGCCCAAGAUCUUUUAAUUGAGUGUUGUGUAGAAUUUAUAAACCUUGUAUCAUCAGAGUCCAAUGAAGUUUGUAGCAGAGAGGACAAGCGAACAAUUGCACCUGAGCAUGUACUCAAGGCUUUAGAGGUUCUUGGGUUUGGAGAGUACAUUGAGGAGGUUUAUGCUGCAUAUGAGCAACACAAGCUAGAGACUAUGCAUGACUCUUUAAAAGGUGGUAAAUGGAGCAAUGGAGCGGCAAUGACCGAGGAAGAAGCAGCCGCUGCGCAGCAAAGGAUGUUUGAUGAGGCGCGUGCUAGAAUGAAUGGUGGGGUCACUGCCCCAAAGCAACCAGAGACUAACCAAAGUUUAAAGAGCUAACCUUAGGGACUUUACUUUCGUGAACCAUAGGCAAUCAUCACCCUCUUCCCUUGGCACGGCUAGAAUUAUCUUAUAGUGUACAAAGUCAUUGGCAAGUGCAGUAGUGACUAUGUGGAUAUGCACUUGGAUUUGUACUCUUUUUAUCGUAUGAAUCAUGUUUAUAAGUUAAUUAGUGCAAGCUUGUCAUUAUCAUAUUUAGUUACCAAA